AUCUUAAAUUAAUUCGUAAUAACGAAUUCAUUAAAACGAUCAAUCAAGACAUCUCUAGUUUCCAUUGAAUUUUCUGUCAAAGAUAUGUCAAUUAAUAAACUUCAAUGUCAAAUUUUCCCAUUAUUAUUGAGGAAAAUAAACAUUUAAAAAAACAGAUAUGAGUUUAACAGGCAGAAAUCGAACUAGUAUUUUGGAUAAACCUUUGAGUAGAGGUAAAGGAGAAGUAUCCCUCAGUUGUUUUGCCCUAUUGUUUUCAGAAGUUGUUCAGUAUUGUCAAAAUAAAUCUCAAACAGUGCCAGAACUACAAACAAGGCUGCAUGAACUUGGAAAACGAAUAGGUGUAAAACUUAUUGAUUUGUAUUUUGUUAGGGAAAGAGGAGGCAAAAGAGAGAUUAAGCUAUUAAACAUACUGUUAUUUGUAAAAUCUACUUUAUGGAAAGCUUUAUUUGGUAAAGAAGCAGAUAAACUCGAACAUUCUAAUGAUGACGAAAACACUUAUUAUUUAAUGGAAAAGGAGCCCUUGGUCAAUCGAUAUAUAUCAGUUCCUAGAGAUAAGAGUAGUUUGAAUUGUGCAGUUAUGAUUGCUGGAAUUGUAGAAUCGAUACUAACAGGAACUGGAUUUCCUGCAAAAGUAACAGCUCAUUGGCACAAAGGAACUACCUAUAUGGUGAAAUUUGAAGAUUCUGUUGUGGCUAGAGAUAAAAGUUUAGAAGAACGUUAGGUACUUUGAUUAGACUUUUGUUUAUGAAAUAUAUUGUUGAAUGUGUUUUGUAGAUUUAUUUAUUUUUUCAAUUUUUAUAAUAGGUGUACACUUGGUGUAAAAAAUUUAAUCUUUGGAACAUGUUCAGUAUAAUUAACUUUUAAUUUGGGAGUGUGAUUCCAAGUAUUGUGAAAGGAGUAAUAGGGCCAAAAAUUUUAUUUUGUAAGUAAAACACCAUCAAACAAUUCUAGGGGGCUUAUUAAUGCGAUAUUAUUCAAAUUUACUUCUUACUAGAAUGGUAAAAAUUAUGGAGGGUAAAGGUAAGAAGAAUCAUCAGUAUAUACAAAAAGGUAUCCGUCGAAGUGUGUUAAAAAAAGGAGGCACCACAUUAGCAUCAGGGUAAAUUUCUUUUAGGGUUAUAGGUACUUACUAAAUUAUUUUGUACAACGCAAGUCGUUGAAAUUUUCAAUAAUAAACUACUUUAUCCACGACUAUUGAAUAUAUUUAUUGAAGUUAUUUGUUGGAAAAUUUCGUUAUAACAUAUUCCAUAGUUAUAGAAAACUAUAAUAAUCAUACUUCUUAAUAAUAAUCAACACAAAAGUCUAUGUAUCAGUUUGACAAAUAUUGGAUAACUAAUCUUACAAUUUGGCGGUUUUUAUUUAUAGUUAAUAAUAAUCCCUGUUGCCAGUUCAAAAUUCAUAUGCCAUAUUAAAAACUUUCCUUAACUUAUCUGGCAAUAAUUUUUUCUCUAUAUUUAGGCAGCUUCUCUAAUUAUUGGUGUUAUUAAAAAAAGUUAAUUUCAUUUCCUUUGACUAUUUUUAGUUAGUUUUUCAACAUUUUGAGUCAAAUUUAUUUUGUUUCAAAGGCUAUUUCAAUUUAUAAAUCGUUUCGUAAAUCAUGAAACGUUAAGAAAUAGAUAUACGUCAAACACAUUCAUGUUCCUGACAGCUCAGUGUUAAUGUUGCAUAUCUUCAAAAUUAAGUUCCAGCUUCGAAUCUGGUUUAGGAAAAUUUACUUUUUUGAUUUUAUUACGUGUACAGAACUAAAUUGAAAAUAUUUGGCAGUGUUUUACAUGGUAAAUUCAUGAGAACCGAUUUUUUUUGUAAGAAAACAAUAUAAUAUAGCUAAAUCAAGAAUCCAUCUGACAGUAGUUAUUAAUGAUUCAUUAAUCACGGCAGUGAUUAAUGGAUAUCAUUAAGGCCGAGCAAGUAGACGUAUAAUGGAUACAUUAUACAACAGUCGAGGAUAUAAAUUAUGAUACUUACAACGACAUUUAGAAAAUUCGAGAUAUCUACUUAUGCGAAUUUGCCUCUAGAAGCCUCUUCCAGAAGAAGAUAGCAAUAUCAUUAUUUUUAUAUAUUUAUAAAAUAUAAAAAGUUAUUACUUAUUAUAACUUACUGUUAAUAACAAAGAAAUUGCGUUUUAUCGAAGCGUGUUCCUUGAUUUUAUUUUAUAAAACGAAACAUGCAACAUAAAUAUACAUAUUGAUAAAGUCCUU